AUUGGACAACCUUGUAAUGAAACAAAGUCAAAUAAGAUUGAUGGGUACAAAGAUGACAGUUUAAAUCCAUGCUAUAUAGGGAAAGACAAAACAAACAGAGAGAAAAAAUAUUUGAGUUCAGGGUGUGAAGCUGUUUUGGUAGCUCUUGGUUCGAUUAGCUUUCUUAGACUGUGACUUAUUAAGAAGCUCCUCUUGUGCUGGUAGCCCAGUUUCAGAAAUAUAAUAUCUUUAAAGUAGUAUUAAAGGUAGACAAGAUGAAGACAAGGAAGAUGAAAUAUCAAGAGCUGUCAUUUGCUUUCACAUUUGUGAUCAUCAUUGUCAUAAUAUGGGGGUUCCUUUUUAAGGAGACAUCUCUUCAAGUGCGUGUAAAAUAUGUGCAAGGAACAGAAAGUUCUGCAUCAGACUGUGUGUCACAUGCUUUGUUUGAGCUUUAUCCAGGUUGCUGUCCUCAUAGGGUAUGCCCUGCAAACCACUUCCCCUUCUUUCUGCGCAGUGGGGCAGCCAAUAUUAUCGGGCCCAAGAUCUGCUUUAACAAUAGGAUUAUUAUGUCAGGAGGACACAACAAUGUUGGAUGGGGUGUGAACGCUGUGAUAGUAGAUGGUGAAACUGGGAAUAUAUUGAACAGUGACUUCUUUAAGGUCAAUUCUGCAGGAUUGCUAGACUUUCUAAAGACGAUAGAGGAAGGAAAUAUAGUUUUAGUAGCCUCGUAUAACGACCCUGCAGAGCAGUUGACUGAUGAGGUCAGAGAGCUGUUUGCUGGAAUGGGUAGCAGUAUGGUCUACUCUGUGAAGCACAGGGACAACUGGAUGUUUGCAGGGGCAAGGGGACUAAAUAAGGAGAGUCCGUUUGAGAAGCUCAUUGUGAAUGAUAAGAAGACGAAUGCAUAUGGAGAUUGGCCAGAGUUGGGGGAGCUUGGUGGCUGCUUUCCCAGAAAGGUUUGAUCAGCACUAAAUGAGCCUGCUGCACCAGCCACCUGGAGACCAUUAAAACACAGAACACUGCAAUUGUGGGAUGUAAAUCAUGACAAUUUCAACUGUUUCAAAGUGUUCACAUAUGGAUGCCUGGAUGUAUUGGCCAUACAUUGGCCUUAAUUUGAGUCUUAAUUUGCAUCAGAAAUAAAUCCAAACAAUUACACACUCUCACACAAAGGUGCCAGCAUUCUUGUAUUUUCUGUAUUAGGCAAAUUUGUAAAUAUGAUCAUAUCUCAUUUUAUUGUUCACAAAAAAUGUUUAAAAAAUAAUAAUAAUUAAAGCACAGUCAUGAAUCAGUAGCUGUUCUUGGUCUUGGGCUGUGUUUUGUUU